CCCGUGCCUUCAACAACCCAUUUGAGCACGUGAGGACAGCUAUGGACCUACGAAUAACCGUGGUCCUGGCACUAGCGGCCGCUGCUAAUGCAGUGCCCAUAAGUAGCAGACUAGGUAGUCAAUGUUCAACACAAUGUGUUGAGUCGACGAAAUUCAAAUACAGUAGGGGAGGAACAUACCGGUACGAUUAUGACGGGUCUAUACAGACAACUGUAUUCGGAGCCAGUGAAGGCGCCUCCGGAAUGCGAUUAAAGGCAACGGCCGACUUCGAAGUGAUUGACUCAUGCGACCUGGCCUUACGGCUGCGAGAUGUACGAUUGGAGGAAACCGACAAGACCGGCCGUGCGUGGGCCAUGCUCGGAGCAGAAUCUUUCCGCAGGGCCCUCGAGGAGCAUCCCCUGAGGUUCGCUUACCAAGACGGCCGCAUCGAGGAUGUGUGCCCCGAGGCUGGCGAGAAGCCGUGGAUAGCCAAUGUCAAGCGCGGUGUCCUUUCAUCAUUCCAAAACUCUAUGGAUGAUUUCCAGAAGGAGGAUAAGAUUUCUGAAACUGAUGUUGCGGGUAACUGCCGCGCCGACUACAGGAUCAUGUCCAGGCAGUACACCACCAUCAUCGUGAACAAGACCAAGGACCUCCUGGCCUGUACCGACAGACAUGGCUUCAAGACAGCCAUGCAGGCCACGCCAUACCGGGUACCAUCAGAUAUCCAGUCGCUCCCUUUGACAAAAAGCACCCACGAGUGUGUGCAGACAUUGAGUGUCACCAACGGGCACCUCAUGAAGGCCAACUGCGAGGAACACCAUAUAUUCCGUCCCUUCUCCAAGGGCCACAACGGAGCCAUGACCCACGCCAAGCACUCCCUUGAGUUCGUUGGUAUGAGGCCCGGAGUUAGAACCACACUUGGUGGCAAUAUCCGCCGCAGCAACAUGCUGUUUGAACAUGAAAAGGAGACCCCAAAGACAACCCGUGAUACCGGCAGUGCGGCCAGCACUCUCAACUCGAUCUGCGAGCAGACCAAGAUGGACGUCAGGCCUGAGACUCCCCGCCUGUUCUCCGAUCUGGUCUACAAGAUUAAGGAGCUGGAGCCUAUUGCCUUAAAGCAGCUCCACAGACAUGUCAUCUCAAAGAGGGUGUGCAGGUCGAACCACGAUGCGGCAAAGAAAUUCUUCCACGAUGCUGUCCCAAUGGCAGGCACCCCUGCCUCCGUCAGCCUCAUCAGCGAGCUUGUCAACCAACGCCACGUCCGUGGUACCGAGGCCGAUAUGUGGGUCUCAUCGCUUGCCUUCAUCCAGAACCCCACCAAGGAGAUGUUGGAGAGCGUAAAGGAGCUCCUCGUCGCACCAAACCCCAGCAAGACCGCCUACCUCGCUGGCUCAGCCCUUGUCAACAGCUACUGCAAGAUGAACGCAGACUGCUUGACCAGCGCCACUGUCGGACAAAUCCAUUCUCUCCUCGAGAGGAACCUGAACUACAACUGCAAGGUUGGAAGCCAAAGCAGUAAAGAGCAGAUCAUCAUGUCGCUAAAGGCCCUAGGAAACAUGGCUAACGCACCUGCCGUUGCUGAUACUCUUGGCAGAUGCUUCACCGAGGAGUCCAAUCCUAUUGAGAUUCGGUUGGCCGCCUUUGAGGCGCUCAAAAAGCAACCGUGCUCUGCAGAUCGCCGUCAAGCUCUUCGCAUUUAUGCCGACGUUACGGAGGAUUCCGAGGUCCGUAUUGGCGCCUACAUCGCCGCCAUGUCCUGCGCCACCGAGGAGACCAUCAACAUCGUGGAGAGAACCCUCGAGUCCGAGGUGGUCAACCAAGUUGGAUCUUUCGUCUGGACCCACUUGACCAAUCUUAUGGAAACGUCUGACCCGCACAAACAACGCAUCCGCCGCAUCCUGGACAACACGACCUUGAGGAAGACGUUUGACCUUGACAAGAGGAAAUACUCUCGAAACUUCGAAGGCUCUAUGUUCUUUGACAGUAUCAACACCGGUGCCAAGGUCGAGGGCAACUUGAUCUGGUCAACAAAGUCAUACAUCCCGAGAUCCGCCAUGUUCAAUCUGACUGUUGAUCUCUUCGGGAAGUCCGUGAACCUGAUGGAAUUCGGCGGCCGCGCAGAGGGGCUUGAGCACAUGGUAGAGAAGUACUUCGGGCCGAAUGGAUAUUUCUCCGACAGCAAUGUCAAGGACGUUCUGAAGAAGAGAGGAAAGAGAUCAGUUUCUGACGACAAGAUGAAUCUGAUUGAUAAUCAGUUCACAUCUGAGACCAAGGAAGAGCCAAAAGGCUCCCUCUACUUCAAAAUCUUCGGUCAGGAGAUCAAGUAUCUCGACUUCGAGAAGUUGACAGCACCCGGAGGUGACCUGAACAUCCUGGACAUUCUCAUCAAGUUGGCUAGUAACCAUGACAUCAACUUCAGCAAGAGUGUCAUGUUCCUUGACACGACCAUGACCAUCCCGACUGUCCUUGGUUUACCCCUGAAGCUCUCCAUCAACGGGACUGCCACCCUGAACAUGCAGAUCACGGGUAAAAUGGACGUCAGGCGACUCCAUCCUUCACCCAGGACAAUGGACAUCAACGGUGCAUUCAAACCGAGUGCUGCAGUCGAGAUCUCGAGCAUGAUGAGCGUUGACGCAAACGUUGCCAGAACUGGCUUAAAGAUGGUGACCACUAUCCACUCCAGUACUGCCAUUGAAGGGAAGAUGCAAAUCCAAGACAGCCAGGUCGUCAAUGUCAAGUUCGAAAUGCCCAGGGACAAGAUUGAGAUCAUUAGCGCAGAAAAUAAGUUCUACAUCGUCCACCAGAGUCAAGAAAUCGAACAAACGAUGAUCGAUUCCAACCGCGUGAACACGAAGAAGUGCACGGGUGACAAGCUGACUAAGGUCCUAGGCAUUGAGCUCUGUGGCGAGAUCUCCUACCCGACUACCCCAGACAUGUCUGAUGUCCCAACCUUCCCCAUGACCGGCCCAGCCAAGAUGAGCGUAGUCUUGAACAAGCUGGAUUCCCACACCAGCUAUGACUUCGAAGCCAUACUCAAGACAACCAAGGUUCGCACUAAUGGACAGACGGCCCUUUCCCACGCUGCCCGUCUCGGUUUCAAUACACCAGGAUCUAAGACCGACCGCGAGUUCCUCUUCGAUUUCCUUUUAAAUCGUGGCUCCAAGGCGCUCAACUUCGAAUUAAAAACACCAUGGAAGAAGGCCAACUUGAACGGCGCUCUGGUACAACAGGACGAUCUGAAGAGGGCUACUCUCAGGCUCAUGAUCGACGAAACCAAGGAGUACUCCGUCAUGGCCGAGAUCCAGAUGGACACCGAACGAGACUCCCAGGGCGCGGAGAAGAAGACCUUGACCCCCAACAUUGAGAUCCGCAUCCCUGACAGGCAGCCCGUGCUGAUUUCUGGUAGCGUAACCUCCAGCACGGCAACCAACAAAUACCUUGAAUACAGUCUCAAUGUGCAGCAGCUCUUUACUACUCCAGUGACCAUCAAUGGCGCAAUCCGUAAAGAGGUGCGCGGACCCGAUCGCGAUCGUUACAACACGAACUUUGACCUUCAGUCUCCCAUCCUGAAGACCAGCCUCAGCGGCUUCCUGGACUGCCGUGCAGACAACUACAAGUCCCGCAUGAGCGUGUCUUACCAAUGGCAGAAGAGGAGGGAAGAGACGGUCAACCUCAACUUCAAGGGAAGGAACUCGGUGACUAGGACUAUGAGGAAGAUGCUGUUUGACACAGCUGUAAGUCUAAGUGCCUACCCUAAUUACAACACGCACGUCAAGUGGGACGCAGAAACCACAGACACUCACUUUGAGACCUCAGUCGACGUGAAGUAUGGCCCAGAUCCAAAUGACAGAACCAAACGCCUGUCGGCUUCGACCAUUAUCAAUUACGAGAAGCAUGGACCCAAGUUCAAUGCUGAUGCCAGGCUGAAGUUCUACUUCCCAGCUAAGGACGUGAAUGUGGAUAUUUCUGGUAAGCAUCACCACGAUUCCAGAAGAUUAGAGACCAAAGCUGAAGUGGAAUACAAACCAGGUAAACGAAUCAAUGCUCAGAUUAAUCUCAUGAACCUCGGAGGACGAUUGAUGAAAUACUCCGGAGCUGCCUCACUGGUGUACCCAGGACGAGAGAUGGCCGUUUCGAGUAAGAUCGAACAGACCAGGGAUCAAGAGUACCACACGUCCAGCAGGAUCCAGUGGCAGAGGUCCAAGGAGAUCAGGGAACAGAGCACGUUCAAGUACGACGCCGGUGUCUACAGCGUUAACAGUGAGAUCAAUAUACCAGACAAGGAUCCAAUCACUGUUGAAGGAAGUAUUUCGCCUAAAUUAGACGACUUCGGCGCCAGACUCAAAGUCAAUGCCAUGAAUGAAGUCUAUAGCGGAGAUGUUGCUUAUACCUACGUUAAGCAGGGCAAACAGUUCACUGGUUCUGCCUCCGCAGAUGUCUUUUACCCAGGACGACGCAUCACUGGUACUUCUGAUAUGAAGCUGUUCGUGAAUGGUGAGCACGGCUUUAAGAUGGACGUCAAGUGGGAUGCAGAUAACGACGACACUAAGAGUUUAGUUGUUGAUGGACUGUACAAGAUGCAAAGCUACAGCUACGUCAGGAAACACGAGGCAACUGCCACUGUCAUUUACCCGGGUCGUAAAGUUUUAAUUGAAGCAACGGCUGAGAAGGCUGCCGGGGAGUACAAAUCCCACGCGAUGGUUGAUUGGGAAGAUGACAGAAUGCAGUUGGAUCUCAGCAUGAUCAACACCAAGAUACGCGCAUCUCGGGCCAUAUCAGGCAGCAUCAAGUUCACAUCACCAUUCCAGUACGUAGAGGAUGUUGGAGCAGGUUUCAUGUACAACAGCAAUGGUCAGACCUACAAAACUGGCGCUGAUGUCACAUGGGCACCCGCAAAGACCAUCUCUGCCAAUGCACUCCUAACCAUGGCUAGCCUGAAGGAUAUGGAGGGCAAUAUUGCCGUCGUUACACCAUUUAAUGGUUUGAAGAAGAUGGGAAUCAAAGGCAAGUACCUCUAUCAAGACAAAGAGCUUAGUUUCAUUCUUGGUGGUGAAGCCGAUGACAAGAAAAUUGAAGCUGAGUUGACUGGAAAGUACAAGGACACUAUUGAAGGUGCCCUUAAGGUCGAUGUACCUUUCCUAUCACGUAGGUUUGGCGCCUCGUUCACCCAUAAGGGCGAAGAUAGUACGUAUGUCACGACCGCUGAGGUGAUGUGGGACCGUGUCAACAAGAUCCUUGCAAACCUUGACCUGGACAUCACAAGCCUCAGAAGCUUCGGUGGUACCUUCCAGAUGCAGACCCCGUUCAGCCCUGUCACACGCAUCGGAGCCGUCCUUACCCACGGCAUCGUAGAUGGUGAAAUGGCAACCAAGCUGUCCGGCAAUGUUGAAGAUAAACAGAUGGCGAUUGAGGUGAAAGGCAAGAACAACAACAGCCCUACCCGCAGAAAUAUGGAAGGAAGUAUCAGGAUUACAACACCAUUCCAGAACUACGAUGACAUGAGUCUCUCGCUGAAACACACUGACGAUGGCCGUAUCUUUUCCAGCAGCAUGUCCGCAGCCUGGCAGAGGACUAAGAGAGUCACAGCAUCUUUCGACAUGAAACAUGAGCGCCAAGGAUGGAUGCUCAACAACAACGGAAAGAUCCAGAUCACCACACCAUACAGACAGUUCAGGAGGGUUGGCUACGAAUGGAAACACCAGAACUCGGAAUCCACCUUGGAGUCUGAGCAUACAGUUACCAUUAACGCAGCACAGUGGGGGAUCGUUCUUGGAGGAAACCUCCGGUUGGUUGAUGGCUUCCGCGUCUAUGCCACAGUUGCACUCAAAACCCCAAUUGAAGAAAUCCGCAAUAUCAACUCCGCAUUAGAAUUCGAAAUCAACAGACAGAAGAUCGUUUCUGCUAUAGAACUCUCCCACUUGGGUAGGAGGGCAAGUGCUGGAUUUACCCUGACUGGGAACUCAUGGAGAGCGAUGGAAGGCACAGCUCAUCUUGACCUUACAGCUCUCCUUGCUAAUGUACCUGGUUACCUAGAGCCAAUAGCAAUUGUACUCAAGACCGAAGCAUCAGAAAUGCCAUACAGUGGAUACGUGAAUGUUAACAGGGGUGAUGAUAUCUGGCGUCUUGAAAUAACUACGACACCCCAAGGUUGGGAUUCCAUUGCAUUGAAGGCAACACUUACCACUCCAUUGCCAGCGUAUGAGUCCGUGGUCCUAGACGUGACGCACGUGCUUAGCCGAGAGUCUAGUGACUCUGCAAUCACCCUCACGUACCAACCACAGAAGGCUGUGACGGUCCAGGUGAAGUCCAACUUCGAUGGCACAGACAAGAUCAAGGGAGACCUUGUCUUGUCCACACCAUUUGAUGUCAUCCGAAGCUUUAAGGUAGAGUUUGACCAUGACAAGGACUACAGGGGAUUCACUGACAAAGGUGGUUUCGAGUUACAAUCUCAGGUAGGCAAGAUCGCCUUUACUACCGGUCUCACCUAUUAUGGUAAAACAUACAUCAGCGGCAACGCCAAGGUCACAACACCCUAUGAGAACUUCGAGAGCUUCGGUCUCGGAUUCACCCACCAGGGCCAGCCGAGUAAGAUGGAGACGACGGCAUACGUGGACUACGCACCAAGCAAAAAGGUCGAAGCUACUGCAUCAGUUGAGUACAGCCCAGUCCGAGUUACCAUUGGUCUGACCAGUCCAUGCGAGACCUUAUCAUCCUUAUCACUUAACAUUCAGCAUGAUGGUGAGAUGCCAGCUACUGAGACCAGAGUUACCAUCCUGAGCUUAGUCCAUGGUAAGGAGAUCCAGUUCACUGGUACAGCCACAAUGGAGUCAUACAGUCUCGUGAAUGGAAACAUGCGUUUGGUUACGCCGUAUGAGGAUGCUCGCGAAUUUACGGCUCGGUUUACCUCCGAGAUCCAGGGGGUCGAGAGCUGGAAGGCUAAAGUUGACAUCACCACACCCAUCGCUGAUCAUGAGAGGUACCUAUUGAAUCUGGAAUACAACAACAAAGAGCAGAAACAACAUGAAGUGUCCGCCAUUUUGGAAUACCCAGCCGGAAAGAACGAGAUGAGCUUCGCCUUCCAGAAGCACGCGACCAACCAGCCAUUGAUCUUGAAAUUCAUGCUUAAAACUCCAUCUUACUAUCUCACUAGUCUCAGUCUCGACCUGAAGCACAGCGGAACCUUGAGCAAAUUUGAGCACGAUUUGAUCUUCGAUUAUGAUGCCUACAUCAGCCGAGUGCACAUUGAAAACAAGUGGUUUGUUGACGGUAUCAAUCACAUCGUCGGUGAUGCCCGUAUGGCUAGUCCAAUCAAGCACUUUGAAUACACAGGCUUCUCUAUCAAUCAUCAGAAAGAUGACCUAGAAUGGGCUACUAGUGGCACCCUUGAGUAUUCCCCUGGCAAGCGCAUCAAAAUCAAGAAUGAGAUAAAAUUCGAAGACAAGUUCGAACUUGACUUCGAGGUCACCACGCCUUUCAGGUAUGGAAGACUCGCUGCUAUUAAGAUUGAGCACGAAGGAGGCCUCAGCCCGGUUAAGAACGACAUCACACUGGAGUUUGACAGCACCAAAUUGACCAGUGAGUGGGAGAUGGAUUCUUCAAAGACAAUCAGUGGAGAUAUGAAGUUUACAAGCCGCAUCAGUGGGUGGGAGAGGAUCACACUGAAAGCCAACCAUGUAACAGAAACGCGUGAGGCUGUAUCCGAGCUCAAGAUCAAAUUGCCUUCCUCUGAAGAAAUCAAGGUUGAUGUCACGACAAAGUUUGGAAACCAACAGGGGAUCAAAAUCGUGGUUCACACACCGUUCUCUGCUCUGAGUAACGCAAAGCUGGAGUACUCACAGAUUCUUGCUAACCCAACACUCAAUCUGAACCUCCAGAUGACAAAUUGGGAAAACGCAAUGAACCUUGAAGGGAACUUCCGUAUGCCAGAGCUGGGAGCUUUCGCUGGCAAUCUUGAUUUCAGCAGUCCAUACGAGGGAUACGAGAAGUUAUCUGUUACUUUCUCUAACGAAAUUGCCAGAUCUAAGUAUACCUCAGAACUAUCUAUUGAAUUGUCUAGAAAUAAGAAGAUCGAACUUACCUCUGAGGUCGACCUCAGAGCAUGGACCGUCGAUGUUAAACUUACCACUCCAUUCGAAUCGUGUCAAAGUGCCUCUCUCAAAUUUGAUCACCGGCCUAACAUCCAAUCUCCAAAAGAACCGUUAUCCAACCUGGUUGAAAUUCAGCAUUUAUCAGCUGCAGGUCUCACAAAGUUCCGCAGCAGUUUGAAAUUUACGGUUUCGACAACCUUUGGCGUUGAAGGAGAAGUUAAGUUAACGAGCCCAUAUGACAAUUUUAAGUUAAUUGCUCUUGAAUAUACUUCUGAAUCGACUGGCUCGGAUAGUCGAGAAAGGAAGGGGAAAUUGGUACUUAACUAUGAAGGCAAGAAAAUAGAGUAUACUGCGGACACCACCCUCUCGAACCUCCGCAUUCUGACUUCCAAUUCCCUGAAGACCCCUUGGGAACAAGCCAGGGACGUCCAAUGGAACUAUGAAGUAACCGAUAUGCAAGCGGCGAUGUUGCUUUCGAAACGUGGUGGUGAGGUAUUCAAGGACUUCUACGUCAAGUUCGACAUGACUCACAACAUGUGGAGAAAGAAGAUGAUGUAUGAACUACAAUGGAAGAUCAGAGAGACACUGUGGGAAGUGAUGGCAAGGUCUUCUAGUCAGUGGUACGAUGAUUUCUCUAUUUCGUUCACACACACACCUAAAGGUUUGCGCUCGUGUGAGACGGUCCUUAACGCUGCCCUGGGAGUAAAUAAGGUCGAAUACGAGAGUGAAUUGCAGUUAUCAAGCUUGGAGAAUUUCAAAGGGACGAUCCAGAUAAACUUCCAAUUCCCUGGUAUGACGUACCGAACCAACAAAAUCGAGUUUGAACACACCGGAAAUCUGGAAAACUUCAAGUCGUCUGUUCUUUACGAUACUAAUAGCUUUGGGCUGCUUUCCGCUGAAAUAGACUGGGAUUUCCCUAGCCGAACCGGGGUUCUCAAGGGCAACACCCCCUGGACAGGACCAGUCGUCAUUAAUUUCAACCACCAGGGAAUUAUGACAGAUUUCUCAACUUCUCUGCGUUUAGAUGCCGGCCCCAGGUCUGCCAGUUUCAGCACAGUUUUCAAACUUUCACCCAGGCUGACCCUAGACGUCAAAUUCAAAUCGCCGUUCGAUCAGGUGAGGGAGUUGUCUUUGUUUUAUACUCAUGAGGGAGAUUUGAAGAAGUUUGAAUGCAACACUGAAAUGAUUUACAACAAAGAAAAGACAAUUACAGGAAAGCUGCAGUUCCAGCAGUCUCCAACGAUUAUUGUUCGGGUUGAUGUUACAACACCAUUUGAGGACUUCCGCCAGAACCACAUCGAAUUCACCCACGCAGGAGAAUUAAAGUCCGGAAUCACCACCAUUCUAGAUGCCCAGAUAAUGGUGCCAAUAACUGCUCGUGCCGACUUCCAGAUGAAUACCAAUUUCAUUAAGUUUACUGGAACUUCUACAACUCCUUUCUUGGCGAACACGGAAAGUGUCAAGUUGACUUUCAUCCACAGUGGCGAAAUGAACAAUUUUGAAACCGACCUUCAAAUGUCGGCAAAGAUCAAGGGCCGAGAGAAGAAGAUCGUUGCUAAUGUCAAUUUCCAGAACAGUGAUACGAUUUCCCUAAGGGCUCGAUUGAAUACACCAUUCAAGUAUGCAGAAGAUACUUAUUUCGAGAUUGAACACCUUAGCGAAGGGAACGAGUACAAAACAACUGGAAAGGUCACAUUUAACAGAGGGCAGACGAUCAAUGCAAAGGUCAACCUGCAGACAGCACCUGAUAUAACCUUCAAAGCUGAAGUUGAAACACCAUUUGAGGGAUUUGAGACCAACAUUGCUGAGGUUGGAUUUAGUGGUAGCGUCAGGCGGUUCAACGCUAACCUCAAAAUCAAGUCUUACAGACAGCAAGAGGGUGGAUUUACUCUUGACUACAUGAACUACAACUUCAGACGACUCCAGAGCACGCUCACCGUCUUCCUGCCUUUUGCUAAUUUCGAAUCCCAGACAGUUAAAGUCACUCACACCAUGAGUUCGGACUCCUUCAACACGAAAGUGACCUACGAAGAUGCCAGGAACCGAAAGGUGGAUGCCUCGGUAGACUUCAGCAGCAAGCCAGUCGCCCUUACCGUCAAGAUCAGCAGUCCUAUCGUGGUACUCAACGUUGUCCACGGCGGAGACUACACCAACUUCCAGACCAAUGGUGACCUGGAUGUUUACGACAUGACCUUCAAGACCAAUGCCAUGUUCAACAUGGUCAGCUACACCGGCGCCCUGAAUGUGUACACACCCUGGGCUAAUGUCAUGAUUAACCAUAACGGUGACCUGUCAAAAUUCAAAUCUAACCUGACUGCUACAUACAGUGGAAAGAAAAUAGAGACCAUUGCUGCUUUUGAUAUGGGGCCGACCAUGGCUCUGUUUUUGUACAAAAGUCCAUAUGUAUCAGUAACAAUCAGCCACAAUGGACCUAUCACUGCCUUCAGAUCCAGUGCAGAAGUCUACACACACGGAGGUGACCACAUCAAAGCCGAGGUCAUGUUUAACAAGAACAACAAGAUUUCUGGCUCUGCGAAAUUCACCAGUCGAUACAAAUACGUGGAGGAUCUUGAAGUUUCCUUUGAUCAUUUCGGCAGCACAAGACAAUUCAGGACCGUAGGUGCCGUACAGUGGGCAACUGGAAAGACCAUAGACGGUGAGGUUGAGUUCAGGAGGAGCCGCCGAAACGUUGUGGGUAAUGUCAACAUCAACACACCAUUCGCGGGAUUCGAGAAGUUAGGUUUGAACGUAAAUCACCAUGGACCUAAGACGCAAUUAAGAACAACAGUUAGCGUGCUUUACAUGACUCAGAAGAGGAUCCAAGCUAUCGCAACGUACGAGCAUCUAAAGCGGGGUACCUUCACCUUCUCAAGUCCGAUUAAGUAUAUCAACUCCAUUGCUGCCACCUUCAACUCGGCCAGGGUUAACAACAAAGAUGGCUACCAUGCGGAGUUCUCCUGGGCGCCACAACAAACCAUCGUCGUGGAUGUCACUGGUGCAUUCGACGGUGUUCUUACGUCUGCAUCUGUGAACGGCUACAUGAAGAUGAGAACACCCUUUGACCAGGUCAAAGAACUCAUCAUUGAGAUGGAACACAGCCACUCAAAAUCAUACUUGGGCAACACACUCCAGAUUGAUUACAACAUGAAGCCAUUCAUCAUUACCAAUAUUGUUGCAAGACGGGGUGAUGAUAAGAUUGGAGCCGAGGCUACCAUGUCUGCACCAUGGCCUUUGAAGACCAAGUUCAGCCUUGACAGUGGUAACAACGCAAAGGUCGCCGAUUUCGAAGUCAACUGGGAUACGACAAAGCAUGACAAGAAGGCUUCCUUGAAUCUUUCCUACAAAAAGGAAGACGGUUACUAUAGGAGUGAAUACCGCCACAGCAUCAGAUUGUCUGUUCCACGCCGAGUCCUUUUCUUAACCUCGAACAUUGACAAAACCAAAACCCAGUUCGCCCACACCGUUACUGCCUCCAUGAACGGCAAGGAAAUCACCUACACCAGCCGCAUCAACAACCUCUCCCGCCCGGCUAACACUGACCUGAACGGCGUCAUCAUGCUGGCCACGCCCUUCCGUACCCUGAAGUCGGCCUUCAAGUACCAAUGUACCCCAGGACAGAUCAACGUCGAGUACGACUGGUUCUGGAACUUCGCUGCAAGCCCUGACGCCAAGGUUGGACUCCGACUGAAGGUGGACGACUACAUGCAGACCUAUGGUGCCAACUUUGAAGUGACUAUCCUCCCACCAAGAAUGCCCAAGGGAAUAACCCUCCGCAACAAUGUCGUCCGACGCCGUGGAGUCAUCGACACCAAAACUGAGUUCGAGUAUUCCGAAGUUGUCAGUGAUAAGAUAACUCUGAACACUCGCUUGGCUGUCGCCACCACUGGGCCACACAACAACUUCACCGGGAUGGUUCAGUUGACCCAGCCGACCACGCUCACCGACAUCAAGCUUGAUGGACAUAUUGGAACAUCCUACAGCAAGGCCUCGGCAGGCGCCCAGAUGCAAUAUCUGACCGCUGACCAGCAACUGAAGAACUUCCUCCUGAUGACAGAGAUCGACCACGUUAAGGACACCCUCUUCUUCCAGGUGCAGACUCCAAUGAAGACAGUGCAUAUGACCGGCAAGAAGAUCUCCAUAGAAAAAGGCUUCCUCCUUACUCACAAUUCCGUCCACGAUGGUGAGGAUUCCGUUUCCUCCAGCCUCAAGUUGAACUUGAGCGUGCCCUCGUUUGACUAUACAGUGAACUAUGAUGCCGAUAACAUGGACAAUGUCUUCAAGAUGUACGGCAAGUACCUAAGCAACAAGGAGGUCGUCUUCGAGACUUUCCGCCAACAUAACGCACGACACAUCUCUGAAAUCUACCUGUCCGCCCGCCUGAAUAGCACCCGGGUGCUCCACUCCAGGAUCCACUGGAGGCCGGCCAUGUGGAGUGACAUCAAGAAAUCUACUCUUGCCCUGUUUGAAGACAGCCACCCAUUGAUGCAAGCUUGGCAAGAGGUCAAGGACGCUGUAAACAAGGAAGUCAAACUCAAGGCAGCGCUUCUUGAAGAGGCUAUGCCUGACUUGCAGCCUGCCAACGACUACCUUAUGGGAGAAGUUGAAUCACUGAAAGAGGACGCCUUGGAACUGGUCGCAGAGCUCAAUAAGAUGUAUGCUGCCAAUGAUUUCUAUAUGAAGGACAUUGCUGAUGUGACUGACAAGGUUCUCAAAUACAUGGAAGAGAAAACCACUCACUUGGGAUACCAGAUGCGGCAAAAGAUCGCCGUCCUCCGCCGUGUAAUCCGCAUCAACACUGCCUACUUACGCCGCGUCAUCACCGACUUCAACGGGAAAAUAGAGGAGAACAUUGCCGCACUUGUCCUAAAGUUCCGUCCAGCAUGGCAGAGCUAUGCGUACGCCGUCAUCAGAGGGUAUGAAGAGACGUCCCAAACGAUCAACCAUGGAUGGGAGGAUUGGUUAGAAUCUGUUGACCAGACUUGGGCAGAUUUCGUCAAAACAAUGGACGAGAAAUUCGACUUCAUCAGCUUUAAAUUUGAAGCUUACAUGGAUAAAUUCAGAACAUUCCAAGAAACUCUUCGAGCCAAGUUGAUGUCGUCCAAACCUAAGCGUUGGUUAGACCAGAUACGUGACCGCGUAGUUGCAAAGUUCAACGAAUGGAAAGCGAAAUGGGAUACGAAAAUCAGUGCAUUGAAGGCCAAAGUCACCGUCACGUACACCAAGGUGGCUAACGCUGUCAAUGAUAGGAUUGAGAAGAUCAUUGGUCACGAGUAUACACAGAUUGUCAUCAGGUGGACUAAGGCAACCCAGCAGAAGAUGGUAGCCAAAUGGAACAACUGGGAAGUGAGGAUAAAGCUCGCCAAAUGGAUCAAGACCACUUCGGCCCAGCUGAAGGUCUACGCCAAGGUCCAGUUCAAGAAGAUGAUCGAUAACUACAUGCGCCUCGAGAACACUGGCUUCACCGUGUUCGACCCACGCAAUGGCGAGAUUCAGUUCGAACUCUGGCUUCCAUUGGAGCUGAACACUCUGAGAGAAUUCCCCGACAUCAGUUUGGAGACUCUGAAAGUGGAGUGGACAAAGUUGAAGAACAAGUACUGGCCGGAGUCUGACUACAGCUUCUGGGAUACUUACUACAAGUUCAAGCCGAAUACUGAUUACUUUGAUUGGAUCCCACCAUUCAAAGCCUCCGCCAUGCUGACGCACGGACGCCACUACACCACUUUCGAUGGAGAGCAUUUCGAUUUCGCCGGCACAUGUAGCUACCUCCUCACGAAGGACUUCACUGAUGGAAACUUCUCCGUCAUUGUCAAUUACGACAACGGCAAGAAGACUUCAGUCAUUGUCAAUAGCAACAAGAAGGAAUUUGAAAUCUUCCCCGACUUCAAGGUCUCCGUUGAUAAUGUUAGGACCGAACUGCCAUACCAAUACAUGAACACCACGGUCGUCCGUAACGGUUACUCCAUCCGUGUUCACAACGAUAACGGCUUUACCAUGACUUGUGACAUGGCCAAUGACAUCUGUACCUUCAACGUGACCGGAUGGUACUUCGGCAAGAUGGCUGGUCUCCUCGGGACCUACAACAACGAGCAGUACGAUGACAAGCUGACCGCCGACCGCCGCAUCGAAGACAACGUCGAGCAGUUUGCAAGAUCCUGGGAGGUCGGAAGCUACUGCCACGUCUCAAGGAAUAUCGCCCGCCAGGUCACUACAACCAAGGGAAGUGAAUCUGACAAGCUCUGCAGGAAAUACUUCGAAUACUCAAAAUCUGUCUUCCGCCCAUGCUUCAAGCAAGUUGACCCAGCUCCGCAUCUUGUCAACUGCAUCAGUGACAUUGAGCAGGACUCCACGUCCAGGACAAUUGAGGAGAAGGGUUGCGGCACGUUCACCGGCUACGUAGCUGAAUGCAGAAGGCUCGGCGUCCCGAUCAGAGUCCCUCAAACUUGUGUGACAUGCUCUGGUGCUAAUGUCGAUACCUUCAAGGAAGGCGAAUCCAGAAGGAUAGUUUCUUCAAAGACACCCAACGCCCAGUCCGCUGAUGUCGUCUUCGUUGUAGAGGAAAAGCGCUGUAACGUUGACGCUGCUACCAAACUUGCUGAUAUGGGAGUACAGAUCGACAAUGCACUGAAGGCUCAGGGAUUACAGAACAAUCGGUUCGCAGUCGUUGGUUUUGGAGGCCAAGGAGUCCACAACUUCGACCAAACCCACACAACAGAAGGAAAGCUUUUCAACGACGCCAGGAAGCUUCACUUGGCCAUUAACAGCCUGGACUUCCAACAAGACGGGCCCAACAUGGACAUGCUCCGCGCAGUCAAGUUCGCCACGAAUUAUCCGUUCCGUACCGGCGUCUCAAAGAACGUGAUCAUCCUGCCCUGCUCCGAAUGCCAGGCCCAGGCUGUCGGAUACGCCGAGAUGCAGCAGAUGCUUGCCGAGAAGGACAUCACCCUCCACAUGCUUAUGGCCCAUGACUUCGCCUUGAGGACAAGCAGCCCCGUCAAGACGAGUUACAUUUUCGGGCUUGAUGAGAAAGCGGUCUUCACGAACAAGGACGUUAAUGCCCCAAUCCUCAGCGGUGACGCCGUGCUCAAAAACCAGGUCAUCAUGCCAAAGGAUAUCUGUGUGACUCUGGCCCUGGAGACGAACGGCACAGUUUUCAACAUCCAGAAGCUCCUCGCAGGCCGUUACACCACCCAGAAAGCAUUCCUUGACGUGUUCGCCCGACGCCUGGCUAAUAGCGCCCACCCAACCAAGUGCCAGAUCUGUGAAUGCACACCCGAUAUCAACGGGGUCGGACGAUCUGUGUGCACCAGCUGCGAAACGCCAUCUUACAAUCUUUUCUUCAAGUUCCUUCCAAAACAAUUGCAAAACAAAGCUGUACAAUACAACUAUGGUCCAAAGAAUGGCAGCACCUCUCUAAAUUCUGACUCGCCAACCGAUACGGACUUUGACAUGGACUUCGACGAAUACAUUACCCAAGGACAAGGAAGUUCAUUUGAGACAUUGAGGAGCCAUUGAACAACAUCACUUUGAAGCAAUCAGUUCUAAUGGAACAAACCUAUUCCAUCCUGAUUUCAUAUAACUGUGUAGAUAUACCAUGAACAAGUAUUAUGCAUAAGGCUGUGUGAUAACCAGUGACUUUCAUGGAAGUAUGAUUAUACGUGACAUUUAAUUUUCAUUUGAUUCAUUUUCACAUUGAGGAGUGCGAAGGUUAUGAUUUCACAACGAUUCCGCUUUCUGUCAAUGAUGCGGAGGUUACAUUUGGAAUUAAAGAUUUCUGAGAUUUUAAAAAAGUGAUGGUUUUUCUGUCAUCACUUGUAGGCCGAAAAACCAUAAGGUUUUUCAAAACCUCAUAAACCUUUAUUAAUAAGAUAGUAAGGAAUACAUGUGUGCCAGGGACGAUGCAUUUUUGCCGUCAGUAUAACCAUUCGGAUUUUGUCUUGCUGCGUGUGUAUGUGUGUGCGAAAUUUAGCUUGGGUGAUUAAGAAUUGCUGACAAAAUGACAUAAAUCCAGAGUGGUUCUCUGGACAUCAUGCAUUUUAAGCUCCCCUAUUGCUCGCUAUGCCAGACUAUAUGAGUAACUGUAUGAAAUUAACAUUGUAAAAAGUUUGAAUGUUUUUGCCAUAAAUGCAAUAGCUUUAGUGUAAAAUACUAUCAAUAUUUUCUAUGCGAUGAGCAAGAUUUUAUGUAAUUUGGGCAAAAUAUGAGAAGAAUACAUGUAGGCCGAAUCACUUUAUGAACUAAGGCGAACAUCCGUACCAAUUGAAACUCUACUCAGUCUUCAUUAUGAUUAACACUUGGUUUAUUUUGGUGAUGUUAUGGCAUUGGACUUCAGAAUCGGCCUUGCCAUUUCGAUAUAGGUUCUCUUAGUUCUAAAAGAGUACGUCACAUGUACUGUGGGGGCUUUAAUUUGCGAUAUCAUCAAUGUAAAUUAGCAGUUGUUACAUUGAACUGAGUAGUUUCUAAAUAUGAACUAGCAGUUAAUUGUGAACUGAAUUUUUGCAUGAUUUUUACAUACCCGUGUAUUUAAAGGGCCUACCAUGCGAUACCACUGUUGCAUUUUAAGUCAUAUGGGAAUCCGACAUUGACGGGUCGUAGCAAUCCGCGGGUCGCAACCGCAGAAGUAUUUGUGCACUAUCCAGGUUCCUAACUGCCUAAUAUGCACGUGAAACCAACAGUCGUGGCGAGACACUCAUACAUCGGAAUCGCUUCAGGGCAAGAAGUUGUGCGACUUGGUAGUCCCUUUAAAUUGAACAAAACUAAUAAUAAACUGAGUUGUUUCAAGAACUAGGCUAAAUGAAGCCUUUAUUUAGUGUAAAUGUAACCAUGGUAACUGAACAAAACGGACCAAGAGAUUUCAUGUCUCUGUGAAAAACAAAUCUUAUCGUCUUCUUUUUAAUUUUUGUAAAUUUUUCUAUAUCUGUUUAUUUAUUUUCUUUCUGUGCUGUAGGUUUUGUAAAGAAUGGGUGUAAUUAUUCAUUAAAUACAAUGAAAGCA